AUCCGGUGCUGGGAUUGGUUUAGCGGCGCCCACCAUCACCCUCCUCUUUCUUCAGAGCAGCGCUGCAGACUCCGCCUCCUCCCCGUGCCUUCGUUGCUUAUUGGACGGUGACCUGUCCGUCUAAUCCUGACUUUGGAUGCUCUGCUGGGAUUGGGUGAGUCGCGCUAGCACGUAGGCGGACGCAGGGUCGCAGAACAGGAGUGGAUCCGGAGCCCAGUAAGGAAAAUGGCGUACACCCAGGGAACAAAGAAGAAAGUGUGCUAUUAUUAUGAUGGAGAUGUUGGCAACUAUUAUUAUGGGCAGGGACAUCCUAUGAAGCCUCACAGAAUUCGUAUGACACACAAUCUGCUUUUGAACUAUGGACUCUACCGCAAGAUGGAAAUCUAUAGACCUCACAAAGCUAAUGCAGAAGAGAUGACAAAAUAUCACAGUGAUGAUUACAUCAAAUUUCUUCGCUCCAUUAGGCCAGAUAACAUGUCAGAAUACAGCAAGCAGAUGCAGAGGUUUAACGUUGGGGAGGACUGUCCAGUGUUUGAUGGACUGUUUGAGUUCUGCCAGUUGUCAACAGGGGGCUCUGUAGCAAGUUCUGUGAAGUUAAACAAGCAGCAAACGGAUAUUGCUGUAAACUGGGCCGGUGGACUGCAUCACGCCAAGAAGUCUGAGGCUUCAGGAUUUUGUUACGUUAAUGAUAUCGUCCUUGCCAUUUUGGAACUAUUAAAAUAUCAUCAGCGGGUACUGUACAUCGAUAUUGAUAUUCACCAUGGUGACGGUGUGGAGGAAGCCUUUUAUACCACUGACAGAGUUAUGACUGUUUCUUUUCACAAGUAUGGAGAGUAUUUUCCAGGCACUGGGGACUUGAGGGACAUUGGUGCUGGAAAGGGUAAAUACUAUGCAGUGAAUUACCCACUUCGAGAUGGUAUUGAUGAUGAAUCUUAUGAAGCAAUUUUCAAACCAGUAAUGACUAAGGUUAUGGAGAUGUACCAGCCCAGCGCUGUAGUUCUGCAGUGUGGUGCAGACUCACUAUCUGGUGACAGACUCGGCUGCUUUAAUCUAACCAUUAAAGGACAUGCAAAGUGUGUGGAGUUUAUGAAGACUUUCAACCUUCCUUUGUUGAUGCUGGGUGGUGGUGGCUACACAAUUAGAAAUGUGGCUCGCUGCUGGACCUACGAAACUGCUGUAGCACUAGACACGGAGAUACCCAAUGAGCUUCCUUACAAUGACUAUUUUGAAUACUUUGGCCCUGACUUCAAACUUCACAUUAGUCCUUCCAAUAUGACAAACCAAAAUACAAACGAAUAUCUGGAAAAGAUCAAGCAGCGACUUUUUGAGAACCUGCGAAUGCUUCCACAUGCACCUGGAGUCCAAAUUCAGCCCAUCCCUGAGGAUUCUGUUCAGGAUGAUAGUGGUGAUGAAGAUGAAGAUGAUCCAGACAAACGGAUUUCUAUUCGAUCCUCAGACAAGAGAAUUGCAUGUGAUGAGGAGUUUUCAGAUUCAGAAGAUGAAGGGGAAGGAGGCCGCAGGAAUGUUGCAAAUUUUAAAAAGGCAAAACGUGCCAAAACAGAGGAUGAAAAAGAUGAAGAUAAGAAAGAUGUUAAAGAGGAGGACAAGCUAAAAGAUGACAAGUCAGAAGCUAAACGGGUAAAAGAAGAGACCAAAACAGCCUGAUCCUGACUGGUAAAAAGCAACAUGUGAAGAUCAUGAAAUCCUUGCGGUCUUUAACUUUUUAUAUAUGCCUUGUACAGUGACUAUUGCAACAUCAACCCAUGUGGACUAAAUUAUUACUGUCCCUCUGAUUGGGGGAGGAGGGAAUCAAGCCAGACGGAGCCUUCCUUAUUGAUUCAUCAUGUGUUUUGCAGGCAUUAAAUCCUGUGUCCUCUGUUGGGUGGUGACUCGGUUCCUUGCUCUCUUCAUGCAAGAAUCCUGAUGAACCCCUUUAAAUUUUUACCCUGUGUUUUAAAGUAUUACUUAUAGUACAUCUGUGCUAUAUUCAACGUCUGCAUCACAGUGUUGGCUCUCGAAUGCUGAGGAUGCUGUGUUCUUACACAUUGGUUGAGCAUGUACACCUCAUGAUCAGGAUCCACAAGGAAAGAGAAAGGGAUAACCCAGUCUUCCAGUUCAGGCUUAUAAUGUCUUGGGAAAGGGAUAUGCAAGUCUCCUUUUCCGUAACUCUUCAGGGAUUCCCUGUUGGGGUAAUGCUGCUACAUCAUCCCAUUUUAAUGUUUUUGAAGCCAACAUUUUUGAAAAGAUGGGGAAGCCUGGUCAGCAGUUACCUGUUACCUCAAAGGGGUUGCUUUUUGGGUUUCUACAUAUAUUCGUACUGUGGGACUUGAGGUAUAUAAGGAUGGAGUUCAGGGGGUUUAUAUGUCAUUUUUUGUGACUGGGUUUUUCGUUUUAAUAUUUUCCUUUUUUAUGGUUACGUUGUGGAGAAACUUUGUAAUAAAACAUUAUACCACAGACCAGUGUGCUCAUAUAUCCCUUUUUCCAAAUAUGCCUUCAAAGAAAAGUAUUAUAUUCUGCAGGUUAUUCCAUAGGUUAUAUUUUAAACCUACUUGUAGCAACAUGAAUAAUUUCUCUAAUUAGUUACACUAUAGAUGCUGCUUAGAAUUUUCUAUAGUCUCUUUGCUGGUCUUAAGUGUACAUCCCCUCAGGAAAGUCACAAGAUGUAAAGAUAUGCUGAAUAGAGGUCACAUGAGUUGAUUUUACAUUAAGUGAAAAAUUUCCGAAGAAAAUUCUCGAAAUACCCAGUUGAAAUGGAAGCAUACUUGACAUAUUUGUAAGUUAAUGUUUCUACAGUAUCAUGACAUGCUGUAUUAUAGAAGUUUGUAAAGUGCCUUGUGUUUAAAGUUGGUUUCUUGACUUAGUACCAGCCAUUUAGCAGGCUUAAUGUUUUGGUGGAAGUCGUUCCACAGGCAUUGCCGUCUAUAGGGACAGCAAUGUGUGCGUGAUCCAAGUGCCAACUAAUUCAGUUGGAGUUGGCCUUGCUCGAUAGCUUUGGACGUAAGUUUUCCGGAGCUUCUCAGUCAUCCCAUCCUCCUUCAUCACUGCCUUGCCUGAUGUACAGUGCUUGGAUCCACCAGCAACUUAAUAUCUAUAGGCCAUAGAUAUACAAAUGUAUUGGCCUGGCUGCGUGUUGCCUAGUAAUUUGGUUUCCCUGCAGUUACUCAAUAAACAAGACUCCUGACAAAUCUUCAGCCA